GAUCCGGAGCCGGAGGCGACGGGAGCCGAGCGGGAGCCGCCGAGGCCACCACCGGGUCCCCAGCGCCGCCGCCGCCUCCGCGCCCCACCCCGAGCCGGCCCCCGCGCCCCUGCCUGCUGGCGGCGGGCGUGAGCGCCGUGGCCAGCCCUUGGCCGGCCGGUGGGCAGCCGGCACCAUGGCCGCACCGGAGCCUCUGCGGCCGCGUCUGUGCCGCCUGGUGCGCGGCGAGCACGGCUACGGCUUCCACCUGCACGGCGAGAAGGGCCGCCGCGGGCAGUUCAUUCGGCGCGUGGAGCCCGGUUCCCCGGCGGAGGCGGCCGCACUGCGCGCCGGAGACCGGCUGAUCGAGGUCAACGGCGUCAACGUGGAGGGUGAGACGCACCACCAGGUGGUGCAGAGGAUCAAGGCCGUGGAGGGGCAGACUCGGCUGCUGGUGGUGGACAAGGAGACGGACGAAGAGCUCCGCCGGCGGCAACUGACCUGCACUGAGGAGAUGGCCCAGCGAGGGCUGCCGCCUGCCCACGACCCCUGGGAGCCAAAGCCGGACUGGGCACGAGGGGGCAGCCUCAGCUCUGAGGUCGUUCAGAAGGAUGUCAACGGGCCCCUGAGGGAGCUGCGCCCGAGGCUCUGCCACCUGCAAAAAGGCCCCCAGGGCUACGGGUUUAACCUGCACAGUGACAAGUCCCGGCCUGGACAGUAUAUCCGCUCGGUGGACCCGGGCUCACCUGCUGCCCACUCUGGCCUCCGUGCCCAGGACCGACUCAUAGAGGUGAACGGGCAGAAUGUGGAGGGGCUGCGCCACGCGGAGGUGGUUGCCAGCAUCAAGGCACGGGAGGACGAGGCCCGGCUGCUUGUGGUGGACCCCGAAACAGAUGAGCACUUCAAGCGGCUGCGGGUCACACCCACUGAGGAGCAUGUGGAAGGAUGGCAGUACCUGGAAGCGCGACCCUUUUCAGGAGAGCGGCCUCCACCUGAGCCCCACUGCAGCCGAGGCCAAGGAGAAGGUGAGAGCCACCAGGGUCAACAAGCGGGCGCCGCAGAUGGACUGGAACCGGAAGCGAGAGAUCUUCAGCAACUUCUGAGCCCUCCCUGCCUGUUUCCUGCCGGGCUCCUCCUGCACGGACCUUGGGCCUUGCCCCUCGGGCCCGCCCAGAGCUCCCCUCAGUGGACUGGAGGGGGCAUCCUUACUCCCCAAGCCGUGGUGGUCCCACCACCACCCAAGAACCAACCUGUGCCCCAGUGAGACCCCGUCCUGCCCCCAACCCGCUGGGUGCUAGGGGAGUGUGGCAGCAAGAUGGGGAGAGAGAGCCCCGAGAUGUGAGAUACCCAGAGAGACAAUGAGGGGAUGUGGGGAGAGGAAGAGAGAGGGAGAUGGGGGAGAGAGGGAGAGGGGGAGAGGGGGAGAGGGAGUGGUCACCCGCAGGGCCCGGCCCUUGCUGCUCUGCCUGGGCCUGCUGACUUAAAGGAAUUUGUGUUUUUGCUUUUUUUCCAGAAAGAGCUCUAGCUCCACACAUGUUUCCACUUAAUACCAGAGCCCUGCCCCCACCCCCCUCAGGACGUGCUCUCUAAAUAAUUGCAAUAAAACAAACCUUUCUCUGCAAACCAUUUCCUCCCCACCCCCUCAGCAGCAGCCAUCCCAAGUGGGAGUGCCAGGGAUGUCCAGGGACAGAGUUGGGGGGCUUGCAGGCCGUGUUCAUGCAGGCUUUGGGGGGUGCUGGGGAUGCCAGAUGUGGCUGUGAGAGCUGCCCCUCUGCCCCGUCCCUGCCCUCCUUGGGGUGGGGGGUCUGGGGUACAGGGCCUGGGCUCUUUGAGGGGCCUGAGGAUGGAGGCCCUGUGCCCCUGAGGAGGGUAGACUCUGGACAGGCCCCUUGUCCCUGCAUGGCAGCCCCUAGGCCUUCGGGGUGUGACUGUGUGAGAGCCUGCCCCCAGGAAGGACCUCAGGCUCUGGGCUUGGCCCCUGCUGGGAGCCUCCCCCUGAGGAAACCCCACCGACUCUGCCUUCCCCCUGCCCAGAACCUGACCGACCGACAUCGCUGUCUGCCCCAUAAGCCAUAGCACAUGCACGCCUUCAGAAUAAACAGGCCUUUCUUGGA